AUGACUGAGGUGAUGAACACACAGGAACCUGUGAUAAAGGACUUCAGUGUAGCUGGAGCAGUAUCAGGGGAUCAGGGCAUAUCCUUUCAGAUUUUCCCAGAUACCCAUGAGCGGAAUCCCAAGCUAUCCAAGAGACUUCCCUCUAUUGUGGUGGAGCCCUCUGAUGGGGGCAAUGUGGAAAGCGGGGAGCUCCGCUGGCCCCCUAUGGAUCCCAACUCUGUAGAGGCCCCAGGCGGGAUGCAGCCCCACAAACACACUCCUCUUCAGACCACACAGGACCAGACCGCAGAUGAAGAUCUGAAUCUCGGGGUGCAGGACAGCAGUGAAGUGGUGUAUGGGGCCGUAGUGGAGGAAUCUAACUGA